UCAAUACUUAGAAGUCGACAACAGCAUCUAAACCAUUCAACAUGAUCGCUUUUAAGACAGCAGCCAUCCUCCUCCUCGCUGCCCUCGCGGCCGCCCGUCCCUCCGAAGACUGGGAGCCAGAAGGUCACUCUCACUCCGAGCACACAAAGCCGUACCAUGUGACGGUGGUGAAGAAGAUUGGAGUACCAGUCCCUCAUCCCGUUGCUGUGUCAGUUCCUCAAUACGUGAAGGUCCCCAUUCCUCAACCCUACCCCGUCCACGUCACAGUGGAACAGCCUAUCCAUGUGCCAGUAUACAAGGUCGUGCCCCAAAUUGUCGAGAAGCCCGUCCCUUACACCGUAGAGAAGCCCGUCCCCUAUGAGGUCGAGAAGCCCUACCCCGUUGAGGUCGAAAAGAAGGUCGAGGUCCCCAUCCCCAAGCCUUACCCCGUCCACGUACCUGUCUACAAACACAUCUACCACCACAAGGGAGGCCACAAGCACUAAAUAAAAAAACAAAUUAGGGGUAAAAGAGGUUCUAUAGCUUAUUUUUAUAAGCGGGGUUGCCAGUUGUAAAUACAAAUUUUGUAGAUCUGAUGGAGAUGUAAUUCCAUCAGUGUUGACUUAUGUGAUAUUUAUUUGUUGUGUGCAUACAAAUAUUGUUGUUGUUUGUGCUGUUGAUCGCGUUUUUGUUGACUAUUGUGUAAUUGUUGUUGAUUAUUUUGUAAUUUUAAGUGUUGUAUAAUAUAUAGAAAAAGAAAGAUUUUACACUA